AUGAAACAUCUUGAGAUCAUCAGACGCUCUGGACUUUAUAUUUCUCGAGAAAGCAUGACAUCAAACUCAAACCUGAGCAGCAUGAGACGAACUGUCGAACAGCUGAGACUUGAAGCCAGCGUGGAGAGAGUCAAAGUUUCUCAGGCCGCGGCUGAUCUGCAACAAUAUUGUCUCCAGAACGCCAGUAAAGAUGCUCUUCUGGUGGGGCUGCCGGCAGGUAGUAACCCGUUCAGAGAGCCGCGCUCAUGUGCUGUCCUCUAGACCGAAGGUAGAUGUUCUUUAAGUCAUGACAAACACUCAGCUGACGGUGAAAACGUGCACAUUUCGUUAGUGAUUCAUGUAGGAAAUCUGGAUUUUUCUGUAACACUAAAUACACAACAUAAGUCAAUGAUAAACUAACAAUAAGCAAUAUAAUUUUCUAAUGGUUCAUGUUAAGUAAUGCAUUAACUCAACAAAUAUAAGCCAAUUUUAAUGUCUUGCCAGUUUUUCUGACUUCUAAUAAAUGUAAACAGGAUUUAACUUCACUCGUAUAUGUCAAUAUGUGUACAUUGAGCAAAUAAAAACCAGUUUUGUCAGUCAAAAUGAUCCCCUUUACAACUUGAUUUAAAUAAGAAGUGUCUCACCCUCCUCAGUUUUUUAAUAGUAAACGUGUUUAACCCAGAUAUUCUCAGUGGUCAUAUGCAGCUGUGUGGGAUAUUAUUUUUAGGUUGACAUCCGGCCUGCCGGUCAGAAGGCAGGACUGGUCAGACUUUUGUACCAUCAACAGGAAGUUAAAGACACAGAGGACUGGAGUUAGUACAGGAAGUCUUGAGGUUUUGGAAUGUGAUGCCACCGAGAGAUUAUGAGUUUUCUAUUGUGUGUGAUGCAAUUGUUACCACAGAUAAAGCUCGGUGUUGUUUCAAAGAUUUACAUAUUCCAGCAAAAGACAAUGUUAGUGAAAAAGUCAUGACGUGGCAUUGCAGACGUGAAGAUAGAGGAAGCGUCUGGCAUACUUCUGCUGUUGAACACGGCGAGUCUGGGGUUUUCUCCACGAUCACUCGAGCUAGACCGUAUUUGGACACCAUACUUAGUUCCACAUGAUGUGUUGCAAUAUGUCAGUUUUUUCUUAAUUGAUUUCGACACCGACCUGCUGUCGUGAAGUUGUCUUAAAAUAGUUAAAAGUGAAAUAAGAGAAAUUAAUUGAAUU